GCAUCGGGCGCACCUCGGCGGGCUUGGGUCCGUAAGGGGCCUGCGCGGCCCUGUGUGGCUGGGAAGAAAAUGGAGUAAGAGCCCGAGUCUGAGGGGCUGCCCCAACCCCUCCGACCGAGGCCCUGCCGUCUUCGCCGCCAGGAGCCUCUUUCUUCUCCGGACCUAGUGCUUUCGAGCGCCCCAGUGGCCUGGGCCCCGCUGGUGGAAUGAUCGCCGAGGCCCAGGGCGUCGGGCUUCUGCGCGCCUAGUGAAGGCAACUGGGGAGCCUCGAGGGUCCCCACUCCUCCUACUCCAGGCGCGGACAACUCCGCUUGGUGAGAGCAGGCAAAUGUGCAAUACCAACAUGUCUGUGUCUACUGAUGGUGCUGUAAGCACCUCACAGAUUCCAGCUUCGGAACAAGAGACCCUGGUUAGACCAAAGCCAUUGCUUUUGAAGUUGUUAAAGUCUGUUGGUGCACAAAAAGACACUUAUACUAUGAAAGAGGUUAUAUUUUACCUUGGCCAGUAUAUUAUGACUAAACGAUUAUAUGAUGAGAAGCAACAGCAUAUUGUGUAUUGUUCCAAUGAUCUCCUAGGGGAUUUAUUUGGAGUGCCAAGCUUCUCUGUGAAAGAACACAGGAAAAUAUAUACAAUGAUCUACAGAAACUUGGUAGUAGUCAAUCAGCAUGAACCAUCAAAUUCAGGCACAUCUGUGAGUGAAAAUAGGUGUCACCUUGAAGGUGGGAGUGAUCAAAAGGAACCUGUGCAAGAGUUGCAGGAAGAGAAACCUUCAUCUUCAGAUUUGGUUUCCAGACCAUCUACCUCAUCUAGAAGGAGAACAAUUAGUGAGACAGAAGAACAUUCAGAUGAAUUACCUGGUGAACGGCAGAGAAAGCGCCACAAAUCUGAUAGUAUUUCCCUUUCCUUUGAUGAAAGCCUUGCUCUGUGUGUAAUAAGGGAGAUAUGUUGUGAAAGAAGCAGUAGCAGCGAAUCAACAGGGACUCCAUCAAAUCCGGAUCUUGAUGCUGGUGUAAGUGAACAUUCAGGUGACUGGUUGGAUCAGGAUUCAGUUUCAGAUCAAUUCAGUGUAGAAUUUGAAGUUGAGUCUCUCGAUUCAGAAGAUUAUAGCCUUAGUGAAGAAGGACAAGAACUCUCAGAUGAAGAUGAUGAGGUGUAUCGAGUAACUGUGUAUCAGGCAGGGGAGAGUGAUACAGAUUCAUUUGAAGAAGAUCCUGAAAUUUCCUUAGCUGACUAUUGGAAGUGUACUUCGUGCAAUGAAAUGAAUCCUCCUCUUCCACCUCAUUGCAACAGAUGUUGGGCCCUUCGUGAGAAUUGGCUUCCUGAAGAUAAAGGGAAAGAUAAAGGGAAAAUGCCUGAGGAAGCCAAAGUAGAAAACUCAACCCAAGUAGAAGAGGGCUUUGAUGUCCCUGAUUGUAAAAAAACUAUGGUGAAUGAUUCCAGGGAAUCAUGUGCUGAGGAAAAUGAUGAUAAAAUCACACAGGCCUCCCAGUCCCAAGAAAGUGAGGACUAUUCUCAGCCAUCAACUUCUAACAGCAUCAUUUAUAGCAGCCAAGAAGAUGUCAAAGAGUUUGAGAGGGAAGAAACACAAGACAAAGAAGAAAUCGUGGAAUCUAGUUUUCCCCUUAAUGCCAUUGAACCUUGUGUAAUUUGCCAGGGUCGACCUAAAAAUGGUUGCAUUGUUCAUGGCAAAACUGGACACCUUAUGGCAUGCUUUACAUGUGCAAAAAAGCUAAAGAAGAGGAAUAAGCCCUGUCCAGUAUGUAGACAACCAAUUCAAAUGAUUGUGCUAACUUAUUUCCCCUAGUGGACAUGUCUAUAAGAGUAGAAUUCUAUAUUUCUAACUAUAUAACCCUAAAAAUUUAGACAACAUGAAAUUAUUUUUUUUACACAUAUCAAAGUGAGAAAGGGUCUCCAUACAUGUAGAUUUAUUUCUUCUCUGUAGUAUAAUUUACUUUGGGAAUGGGAAUAGUAAGUACUUCCUUUUAGAAAAAUUUCACUUCUGUUUAUAUUCUAUAUUUGGAUUUUAAUGUAAUUCAAGUUCAAUAUGUAGGUCAUCUUUAACCCCCCUACUCCUCAUGUUUUAAAUGAUCCCCACUUAAAAUUUAGAGAAGGAUCUGAUUUUUUAAAUGAAAACAUUUAAAUGGAAGUUAUGUACAUUUAGGGUAUGAAAUGCAGUGAUUAUGCUACUUAGAAAACAUUCAAAUCUGCAGAUAGUUUCAUUUACCAUGCCUAUCCAUUGAAUUGUCUAAAUUUUUAGGUUUAGUAUACAAUAUUAUUUAUUGAUUUACAAAUAAAAAUAUUAAAUGUUUGAUUAA